GAAUGGGACUUGACACAAGAAAUGUUGCUGAAUGAAUCAGAGGGUAGAGAGAGAAAAAGGGGCAGCCUAAUGUACAUUUCUCGGCGGCUCGAUGGAUGACAUCGAAGCCAGAAGCACCCUUUUAGCGGAAAAAUAAUCUUGCUCGAGGCUUUGUAUCCUCGGUUUUGUUCCCGGUUGUUGGUACACAUAUGAUGGAACGGGCGAUGGAGCAACUAAACGUACAGCUGAACAGGCUGACCCGCUCUCUGCGUCGCGCCAGGACUGUCGAGCUCCCGGAAGACAAUGAAACCGCCGUCUACACACUCAUGCCAAUGGUUAUGGCUGACCAGCACAGGUCGGUUUCUGAAUUACUCCUCAACUCCAAGUUUGAUGUGAACUACGCUUUCGGACGAGUCAAGAGAAGUCUACUUCACAUUGCUACCAACUGUGGAUCAGUGGAGUGCCUGGUUCUACUGCUAAAGAGAGGAGCYAACCCUAACUACCAGGACAUCUCAGGCUGCACCCCUCUGCACCUGGCUGCCAGAAACGGACAGAAAAAGUGUAUGGGAAGACUACUAGAAUACAAUGCAGAUGUGAACAUCUGCAACAAUGAGGGACUGACAGCUAUCCAUUGGUUGGCUGUGAACGGGCGGACUGAGCUGCUUCAUGACCUGGUGCAGCAUGUGACUAAUGUGGAUGUAGAGGAUGCCAUGGGACAGACCGCCCUUCAUGUAGCCUGCCAGAACGGACACAAGACUACGGUGCAGUGCCUGCUGGACAGUGGAGCGGACAUCAACAGACCUAACUGCUCUGGGGCCACACCCCUCUACUUCGCCUGCAGCCACGGUCAAAGGGACACGGCACAGAUCCUUCUCUCUCGAGGGGCUAAGUACCUACCUGACAAGAAUGGAGUCACCCCUCUGGAUCUGUGUGUACAGGGUGGUUAUGAGACGUGUGAGAUCCUCAUCCAGCACCGGCAGCUGUUUCAGACACUCAUCCAGAUGACACAGAAUGAUGACAUCAAAGAGAAUAUGGUACAUAUUCUACUGUCUAUCUGUCUCCCUCUGUUAUUAGAGCAUGUUGUGAUCCUGACCAGUCUAGCAGAGGUGGCCACUACUAAUGGACACAAACUCCUCAGUCUCUCCAGUAGCUAUGAGGCUCAGAUGAAGAGUCUGCUGAGAAUCAUCCGGAUCUUCUGCCAUGUCUUCCGCCUGGGCCCUUCCUCUCCCAACAACGGGAAUGACAUGGGAUACAAUGGGAACAAGACGCAGCGUAGCCAGGUCUUUAAGCCGUUGGAGUUGCUGUGGCACUCUCUAGAUGAGUGGUUGGUGUUGAUCUCUACAGAGCUGGAGAAGAGCCACCAGGACCCCUCCAACUCCUCCUCCUCAGGGAGCGAGAUCGCCUCCCUCCUCCUCAAACAACGUGGCGAGGUCGACUCCGCCUCCAUCCCUGCCGUCUUCACGGUGGCACCGUCGCUGCCACCCUCCAUGCCCCUACCUCCUUUGCCGGACCCAGAGGUUAGCAAGAGGACCCCGGAGGUUCUUAUGGAAACGCCGGAGGUAUACGCGGACGGAGAGGAUGUCAUCUCUAUGACGGCCAAUCGGCUCAGCGCGGUGAUCCAGGCCUUCUACAUGUGCUGUUCCUGUCAGAUGCCACAGGGCUCCUGGUUAUGUAAGUCCAUAUUUAGCAGUAGCUGUGCGAUGGUCUCCAAAUCGACCAAUGAAAAGCUCAAACAGGGCAUCGCAGUACGAUUCCAUGGAGAGGAAGGAAUGGGCCAGGGCGUGGUGAGGGAGUGGUUUGACGUCCUGUCCAAUGAGAUCAUCAAUGCAGACUACGGCCUCUUUACCCAGUCAGCGGACGGCACCACGUUCCAGCCCAACAGUAACUCGUCAGUGAACCUUGAUCAUCUGAACUACUUCCGGUUUGCGGGUCAGAUCCUGGGGUUGGCUCUUUACCACCGUCAGCUGGUCAACAUCUACUUCACCCGCUCCUUCUACAAACACAUACUGGGCAUCCCAGUGAACUACCAGGARGUGUCGUCCAUCGAUCCAGAGUAUGCCAAGAAUCUGCAGUGGAUCCUGGACAACGACAUCAGCGACCUGGGACUGGAGCUCACCUUCUCUGUGGAAACAGACGUGUUCGGCGCCAUGGAGGAGGUGCCACUCAAACCUGGCGGGACUAGCAUCAUUGUCACCCAGGACAACAAGGCGGAGUAUGUCCAGUUGGUAACAAGAUUGAGGAUGACUCGAGCCAUCCAACCCCAGAUAAAUGCCUUCCUGCACGGGUUCCACACCUUCAUUCCCCCCUCCCUCAUCCAGCUCUUUGAUGAAUAUGAAUUGGAGCUGUUGCUGUCUGGGAUGCCAGAGAUCGAUGUGCAGGACUGGCACAGGAACACAGAAUACACCAGUGGCUAUGACCUGGAGGAACCUGUCAUCCAGUGGUUCUGGGAAGUGGUAGAAAGCCUUACCCAAGAGGACAGGGUCCUGCUGUUGCAGUUUGUCACUGGAGGGUCGCGAUGCUCCCGCGCCUCAGCUGGAUCGACAGGUUCCAGCAUCUUAGCAGAGGUGACCGGUCCGCUCCUGAUCCAUGGGAUCGUCAUCUCGGGCGGCAUCCUGCGGCUGGAGCCGCGCGUCAGGGAAGUGGCGCUGACGUGCUCUGCGGUGCUACGCCUCAGUCUCCCUUGUAGCUUUGUGCCAUACGAGCGGAUCCAGUGCGAGUCCCCAUCUCGCAGACACACCCUGCCGAAGCCUGUGUACAUGUGUUGUGAGACCCUCAGUGUGUACAUGUCGUGUGAGACCCUCAGUGUGUACAUGUGUUUGUACAUGUGUGUGAGACCCUCAGUGUGUAACAUGCGUGUGAGACCCUCAGUGUGUAUCAUGCGUGUGAGACCCCAGUGUGUACAUGUGGUGGUGAAGACCCUCAGUGUGUACAUGUUGGUGAGACCCUCAGUUGUACGACUGAGUGUGAACCCUCAGUGUUUACAUGCGUGUGAGACCCUCAGUGUGGUCAUGUGUGGAGACCCUCGGUUGUCAUGCAGGCCACACGCGGGAGAUGUGCACCCGAUCAACGAGGAGUAG